AUGCCACCAGCUAAUAUGCCACCACAGGUUCUUCGAGUGAAGCGGAAAAGAACAGAUGAUCCAUUACAGGCCCUUGUUAUGGAAACACAACGUCGUUCUAUAAAACGACCACGUUAUGUCUUCAAGCUACAGCGGACAGAGGAAAACGAUAUUAAGGAUGACACCACAAUACUGACGGCAAGCAAUGGAUUGGAGAGCAGCAAACCUGUCUUCAAAAUUCCCAAAGCGCCAACUAAAGGUGUCGACAGCAAUAGCCUCAAAAAUCCCUUUAUUGAUGGAUCGGCCAAGCCAAAAGGUGAUACGUCGCCGGAAGAGGCGAAUCCUGAGCUAAGUCCGCAACUACUCGACAUGUUGAAUGACUAUUUGAAAGAACACGAUGAGACUGCCGUUAAAAGUGAUGUGAGAUUACCAAAGAGAAGGCAAUCCAGUAUAAUACGUGAGAUGGAAUCCAAGAAUGGUGGCCGGCCUGUUUUCGACAAGGAGGAGGUUUACAAUAACUCCAAUUCCAAUGCAAUCAGUGAUGUCUUACAUGAGGGAGACGAGACUGAGGACUCAGAAUAUGUUUACGAUGUUUAUUAUCGAGACAAGGCAGUUAGCGAUCAAUGGGACCAGGAAAGAAUAGGGUACAUUCGAUACGACGAUGAGGCCUUUGAUGUCUUGGACGACGACGGAGACGAUGACAUGAUGCAGACAGAUGAUGAGGACUCGAACGACGAAAACUUUUAUAGGAAUGACUAUCCAGAAGACGAGGAUCUUGAUUUUGAUGACAAAACAGAGAGUGAAUUGGAAUCCAUGGGGUUAGAGGAGCCAAGUGACGACCAGGAUGAUGAGUUUGAUAUACUAAACAACCGAAGAAGAUUUUCCAAGCUUGAUUUUAUGAGGAGUGAAGGUCUAAAAAGCAUGAGUGAAGAUGAAUACGAACGACUAGCUGCUGAGAUUGAUGAAAAACCGUCUCUCUGGGGCAGAUCUCCAGACGGACUCGAUACCACGGAUUCCUACAUGGAUGACGAACCUGGUAAUCGUGGUGCUGGCGAUUCUGGCGAAGAAGACGAUGAUACUCAAGAUUUCCCGCGUAAUGAAUUCUUCAAGUCCGAUAGGGACGACCCAAUUGCUGUGCACCGUGAUAAGAUAUUUGGGAAACUACAGCACAUGAUCGAGCGUCAGAGCUAG